AUGGCGACUCCGUUAACGGGAUUGCAGCAGCACUUAGACGGCGGAGGCGGCGGAGUGGCCGUGCUGUCGAAUCUUGUUUCUCCUUCUUCCACCUCCAAUGGGGGCGGCGGACUCAACCGUUCCUCUUUAUCCGAAUCGCCAAUUUUGAUUUUCUCGUUUUUCCAAAAAGCGAUUGGGAACGAGCUCGAUGGGUUGCACCGAUUAGCUUUGGCGUUCGCCACCGGAAACUGCUCCGAUAUUCAACCUCUCUCCGAACGCUACCAUUUCCUUAGGUCGAUGUAUAGACACCAUUCCAAUGCUGAAGAUGAGGUGAUUUUUCCAGCUUUGGAUAAGCGCGUGAAGAAUGUAGCACAGACAUAUUCUCUUGAACAUAAGGGUGAAAGCGAUCUUUUUGACCAUUUGUUUGAGUUGUUAAACUCUUCGGUUGAUAAUGAUGAAAGUUUUCGAAGGGAGCUAGCAUCCUGUACAGGAGCUCUGCAGACGUCUCUUAGUCAACACAUGGCUAAGGAGCAACAGCAAGUGUUUCCACUGCUUAUUGAGAAGUUCUCAGUGGAGGAACAAGCAUCUUUAGUUUGGCAGUUUCUUUGCAGUAUUCCAGUGAAUAUGAUGGCAGAAUUUCUUCCAUGGCUUUCAACAUCCAUAUCACCUGAUGAAUCUCAGGAUUUACGGAAGUGCUUAAGCAAGAUAGUGCCAGAGGAAAAGCUUCUUCAAAAGGUUAUUUUCACCUGGAUGGAAGGGCGGAGUAGUCCUAACACAGUUGAAAAUUGUGUAGAUCAUUCUCAGGUUCAAUGUAGUGCUUGUCCUUUAGCCCAUCAGACUGAGAAAAUAAAAUGUGCAUGCGAGUCCACUGUAUCUGGGAAAAGAAAAUAUUCUGCAGCUAUUCUAGAUGUUCCGGAGACAAUGGGUUCGCAUCCUAUAGAUGAAAUAUUGCUCUGGCAUAAUGCUAUAAAAAAUGAGUUAAAUGAGAUAGCAGUGGAGACCAGAAAGAUACAACACUCUGGAGAUUAUACUAAUCUGUCUGCUUUUAAUGAAAGGUUGCAAUUCAUUGCUGAAGUUUUCAUAUUUCACAGUAUUGCUGAGGACAAGGUUAUUUUUCCGGCAGUGGAUGGAGACUUUUCUUUCUUUCAGGAGCAUGCUGAAGAAGAAAGCCAAUUCAAUGACUUCCGAUCUUUGAUUGAAAGAAUUCUAAGUGAAGAAGCAACAUCUAGUUCAGAAGUUGAACUUUAUUCCAAGUUGUGCUCACAUGCUGAUCAUAUAAUGGAAACCAUACAGAGGCAUUUCCAUAAUGAAGAAGUUCAGGUUCUUCCACUUGCACGGAAGAACUUUAGCUUCAAAAGGCAGCGUGAACUAGUGUAUGAAAGCUUGUGCAUGAUGCCUCUAAAAUUGAUUGAGCGUGUUCUACCAUGGUUUGUUGGAUCAUUAACUGAAGAUGAAGCUGAGAUAUUUCUGAAAAACAUACAAUCGGCAGCUCCAGCAAUAGAUUCUGCUUUAGUCACUCUCUUCUCUGGUUGGGCUUGCAAGGCUCGUAAAAAUGGUCAGUGCUUGUCUUCAAGUGCAUCACGCUUCUGUCCUGCUAAAAAAAUUGUCCGGUCUUCCUGUGCUUGUGCAUUGUCUGGUAAAGAUUGCUCAGUAUUAGCUGAAUCAGAUGGGACCCAAAGAUCAGUGAAGAGAAGCAUACUGGAGUUGCACAAAAAUGGAGAUGUAUCAAAAACACCAGAAAAUGAAUGUGCCCAGAAACCAUGUUGUGGUGCCCGGUCUUGUUGUGUACCAGCGUUAGGGGUCAGCAGUAACAAUUUGGGGCUGAGUUCACUUUCUGCUGCCAAGUCCUUACGGAGCUUCACUUCUUCUGCCCCAUCUCUCAAUUCCAGUCUUUUCAUAUGGGAAACUGAUAGCAGCUCAUGUGAUGUUGGCUCUGCAGAAAGACCAAUUGAUACCAUAUUUAAAUUCCACAAGGCUAUACGCAUAGAUUUGGAGUAUUUGGAUAUAGAAUCUGGAAAGCUUUGUGAUGGUGAUGGGGCAACUAUUCGGCAAUUUACUGGAAGAUUCCGUCUUUUAUGGGGUUUAUACAGAGCUCAUAGUAAUGCUGAAGACGAUAUAGUUUUUCCUGCAUUGGAAUCCAAAGAGACACUUCAUAAUGUGAGCCAUUCUUACACACUGGAUCAUAAAGCAGAAGAGAAGUUAUUUGAAGAUAUUUCUUGUGCUCUCUCUGAGCUUUCUGUCCUUCAUGAAGCAUUGCAGAGGACCCAUAUGUCAGAGGAUUUAAGAGAUAGUAAUUUGGGAUUGUCUGAAGUCAAUAAUACUGAUGAUAUCAGAAAGUUCAAUGAGCUUGCAACUAAGCUUCAAGGGAUGUGUAAAUCUAUACGAGUGACCCUGGAUCAGCAUAUUUUCAGGGAAGAGCUUGAACUCUGGCCGUUGUUUGGGAAGCAUUUCACCGUGGAAGAACAAGACAAGAUAGUGGGCCGAAUAAUUGGAACUACCGGAGCCGAAGUUCUCCAAUCAAUGUUACCGUGGGUGACUUCUGCACUUACACAAGAUGAACAGAACCAAAUGAUGGAUACAUGGAAACAAGCAACUAAGAAUACAAUGUUCAAUGAAUGGCUAACUGAAUGCUUGAUAGAGAGUCCAGGCUCUACAUCACAGACAGAAACAUCAGAACAUAGCACUUCUCAAAGAGGUGCUGAAUAUCAAGAAAGCUUGAACCUGAAUGAUCAGAUGUUUAAGCCUGGUUGGAAAGACAUAUUCCGGAUGAAUCAGAAUGAACUUGAGUCAGAAAUCCGGAAAGUUUAUCGUGACUCAACCCUUGACCCAAGGAGAAAGGCAUAUCUAGUGCAGAAUCUGAUGACAAGUCGCUGGAUAGCUGCCCAACAGAAGUUACCUAAAUCUCAAUCUGGGGAAUCAUCUAAUAAACAAAUAGAAGGGCGUGUACCUUCAUUUCGGGACCCAGAGAAACAAGUAUUUGGUUGUGAGCACUAUAAGAGAAAUUGCAAAGUUCGAGCUGCUUGUUGUGGGAAGUUAUUUACAUGCAGAUUUUGUCAUGACAACAAUUCAAGUGAUCACUCAAUGGAUAGAAAAGCAACAUUGGAAAUGAUGUGUAUGGCCUGCAUGACUAUACAGCCAGUUGGGCCCAUGUGCACAACACCUUCUUGUAAUGGACUUUCAAUGGCAAAAUACUACUGUAACAUUUGCAAAUUUUUUGAUGAUGAAAGGAAUGUUUACCAUUGCCCAUUUUGCAAUAUAUGCCGUGUUGGACAAGGGCUUGGGAUUGAUUACUUUCAUUGUAUGAAAUGUAAUUGUUGUGUGGGGAUAAAAUCAGUGUCUCACAAGUGCCUGGAGAAAGGGUUAGAAAUGAACUGCCCAAUUUGCUGUGACGACUUGUUCACAUCAAGUGCAACAGUCAGAGCUCUUGCUUGUGGGCAUUACAUGCAUUCAUCUUGCUUUCAGGCAUACACUUGCAGUCACUACACAUGUCCAAUCUGCAGCAAGUCAUUGGGAGAUAUGGCGGUUUACUUUGGUAUGCUUGAUGCUUUGUUGGCAGCUGAGCAGCUUCCUGAAGAGUACAGGGACCGCUCUCAGGACAUACUCUGCCAUGACUGUGAUCGAAAGGGAAUCUCACACUUCCACUGGUUAUAUCAUAAAUGUGGAUUUUGUGGUUCAUAUAAUACUCGGGUGAUCAAGAGUGAGACAACAAAUUCCAGCUGCCCUUAA